CCACCGUUCACAUCUGUAUAUAAAAUGGUUGGUGCGCACUUCCUGCUUAGUUUUGCUUUUGGGUGGGCUCUGAACUUCUCUAAACCAAGGCAUUGAUCAAUCACUACAUACUCCUUGUCCGCAGCAACGACUAAAUGUAACAUAUGUGAAAGGGGUUUUUGUUACUGUUUAGCUGUCAGGAGCUGAGAGUAGCUGGUUGCAAAUCAACUGAAAAGAUACGUGUGGUGUGAUAACAGCUGCUGCCAAACGCUUUGAGAUGGAGCAUCAGCCCAUCUAUAGCAGCCAGGGUGGACAUUACGGGAUUUCCAACCCCGGCUAUGUCCCAACAGCAGGCGGUGCCCCUGGUAAGACUCACCAUUUAUUUGUGUAAUUCGACUGUCGCAGUGAGUGCUAAGCUAUAUUUUGUGAAAUGUUUAAAGAUAUUUUUAAAGUUGCGUUAAAACUGGUCCGCUUCCUGGGUGCAGCAGUGACGUCACUGUGGACGUACAGGUUGUCUUUGGUCGCUGAAUCCGCGCUGUGUAGAAUGGGAGUGUGUGUUUGCUGUGUGACCCACAGUUGUGUUUACUGAGCGGUCAUCCACUGCCUUGAACUGCUUAGUGUGGCUGUAAAAACAACUCGGGAUGUAUCCUAACGCGGAGGCUCAAGCAAUGUUCACCCCACCCGUGGCUGAUUCCCAGGGCCCCAGCGCUCCUCCGGCCAGCAUGUUUGACAGCAUGCCUGGUUAUGAAGGAACUGUGGCAGGAGGAGGUGGAUUUCUGCCACCUCCAAUGCCUGCUGUGCCAACCCCCCAGCCUCAACCAGGACCUGAACAACCGCACUGGAAUAUUCCAUCUAUAUCCGAAGACACUGCCCGGGAAGCCUUUGCCCUGUUUGCAUCUAGCAAAUGCUGCUACAGUUCUGCACCAGCAAAGGAAGGUGUGAUCACUAGCAUGGAGGCAUUCAAUACGUACAGGUACCGCCUGGAAACUUUUACUGAAUCAAGAUCAACAGAGUGGAGUCACGAGCCAUACAGCGGCCAGGCAGUGGAUGCCUAUGCUCAGCCACCUCCGGGGCCGUGGGAUAUUCCUGCUCAACCCCCCAACUUUUUUCUGAAUGGGAAAAAGACUAUCAAGGUCCCCUAUACAUCAUCUGUGAAGAGCUGUCACAGCUGUGUGGGAAUGGGGCGAAAACCUUGCAAAGACUGUGCCGGCGCUGGUAAUAAAGUUUGUUGGGUGUGCAAUGGAUCCGGUUACCGUCAUGGAGACGAUCGUUGCCACCACUGCAGUGGCAGAGGAAGGGAAAAUUGCAGCCGCUGUCAUGGGCAAGGAUCAAGGCAAUGUGAUGUUUGUCAUGGAAAACAGCAGCUUCUGGUCUACAUCAACCUCACUGUGAAAUGGACAAACAACAGUGAUGACUAUGUUGUGGAGCAGUCGAGUGGACUUCAGGUGGACAACCUGAGCAAGGUGUCUGGCAAAGAGCUUUUCAGAGACUCUCAAUACAUGGUAUACCCAGUGAUGGGCUUCCCAGACCCUUCAGUGGUUAAUGCUGCACAGCGCCUUAUCAAUGACCACCAGGCCAGGUUCUCCCAGACCUCACGCAUUCUACAACAGCGUCAAACAAUAGAGCUGAUCCCGGUCACCAAGGUUACCUACACAUGGAAAGGAAACUCCCACCUCUAUUUUGUUUAUGGAAAUGAGUUCAAAGUUAGUGCAGAUAACUAUCCUGCCACCUGUUGCUGUUGUACUUUAUUGUAAUGAAAAUUGUCGAGUACGACGUUAUUUCCUUUCGAAGCCGGUAAAUGUAUCAACAAAUUGGAUUUACUUACUAACAAAUCAGUUCUGAUGACUGCUCUGGGGCUGACAUGGGGUAAAUAGGACUUUAUUAUAGUUUGAUGUUCGGAAGUGUUGAAUAGAGGCAUUUAACUGAUGAACACCUCUCAAUUAAGGGGAACUGAUGAAACCUCUUGAAUAAGUGAUGUUCAAGGCGAAACAGUUUAUCUUUAAUUAACCACAAGUACAAAUAAUUUUGCAUGCUAUUUGAAUGCAUACACCACAAGAAAAUUAUGCUUACUAACACAAUAUAGACCGUAAUCACAUUGUUUGCUGAAUCUUGAGUUAUUUUGCUCUUAUAUGGCAGCAAUAUAUAUAUAUUUUUAUCAUCAUUAAAACCAACUAUUUGAUAUUGAAUAUUAUAUUUUUUGCAGCAGUUCCAAUUAAAUGUAAGCAUUAUGUAUUUGUACCUAAUCUGUUUGCUGUUUUGGCAAUAUUAUUUUAUUUUUAUGUCAAUGUGCAUCUCUUUUUCUAAUGUGUGUGAUUUUGUAAGACAAAUGUUAGUAUUCUGGCCUUGCAACAAUUCGUCCAUUUGAUUAAAUGUUAUUUCGCAAUG